UAACGUCUCUCUCUCAGUCCAAAGUUUCAAAAGACGGCUCUCUCAAAGCCUCACCAACCAAUAACGCCACCUAAUUCUGUAAUACUGUGCCGCACUGCUUGCUUUCAUCGCCUCCUUGGCGGACUUUCCCACUUUCCCUCUCUUUUCUCUCAGUUUCUAACCCCUCAAACUUUCCUUCUGUCCGAACACCAUUUUUGUUUCUCUUUUAACAAUAAAAUUAACUUAGCAAUGGCUUUGGCUUCUCAUCCCUCCACUAGCAACAUUCUUCUCCAAAAACCAUUCCUUUCCACCAAACAGUUGUCCAAACCCCACUUGAUUAGUUCUAUCCCUUCUUUCCAAUCUCACCGUCGUUCCCAUUCUGUACGAUGCUCCGUCACCGCUGCGCCGUCGGCGGCGACCAACAUUGCUAAGGAGCACGCUGUGAAGUCCGUCAAGGCUCGUCAGAUCAUUGAUAGUAGAGGGAAUCCGACGGUGGAGGUUGAUCUGAUCACUGAUAAUCUCUACCGAUCGGCUGUGCCUAGUGGCGCCUCCACUGGGAUCUAUGAGGCUUUGGAGCUCAGAGAUGGGGAUAAAAGCGUUUAUGGAGGUAAAGGUGUGCUUAAAGCUGUUCAGAAUAUCAAUGAGAAUAUCGCUCCCAAGCUUAUUGGCGUUGAUGUCAGAAAUCAAGCUGAUGUGGAUGCAAUUAUGCUGGAAAUUGAUGGAACUCCGAACAAGUCGAAACUUGGGGCUAAUGCAAUAUUGGGAGUGUCUCUGAGCGUGUGUAGAGCGGGUGCGGGAGCAAAGGGAAUCCCCUUGUACAAGCACAUUCAGGAAAUUUCAGGAACGAAGGAGCUUGUUAUGCCGGUUCCAGCUUUUAAUGUUAUCAAUGGAGGUAGCCAUGCGGGGAACAACCUGGCCAUGCAGGAGUUCAUGAUAUUGCCUGUAGGUGCAAGCUCAUUUUCUGAGGCGCUUCGAAUGGGCAGUGAAGUAUAUCAUAUUCUUAAGGGGAUUAUCAAAGCAAAAUAUGGACAAGAUGCUUGCAAUGUUGGAGAUGAAGGGGGUUUUGCACCAAAUGUUCAGGAUAAUAGAGAGGGACUUGUUUUACUCAUUGACGCAAUUGAAAAGGCUGGUUACACUGGCAAGAUCAAAAUAGGAAUGGACGUUGCAGCUUCAGAGUUUCUCACAAAAGAUGGGAAAUACGAUCUUAACUUUAAGAAGCAACCAAAUGAUGGAGCUCAUGUACUUUCAGCUCAGAGUCUAGGUGAUCUCUACAAAGAGUUUGUUAAAGAUUUCCCCAUUGUGUCCAUUGAAGACCCUUUUGACCAAGAUGAUUGGAGCUCAUGGACUUCACUACAGUCUUCUGUUGAUAUUCAGAUUGUUGGAGACGACUUGCUGGUCACUAACCCGAAGAAAAUUUCUGAAGCAAUACAGAAAAAGGCUUGCAAUGGUCUACUUUUAAAGGUUAAUCAGAUUGGCUCGGUUACUGAAUCUAUUCAAGCAGCACUUGACUCAAAAGCUGCUGGUUGGGGUGUUAUGGUCAGUCAUCGCAGUGGAGAAACUGAGGAUAACUUUAUUGCUGAUCUUUCUGUUGGCUUGGCCAGUGGACAGAUCAAGACAGGAGCCCCCUGCCGAAGUGAGCGGUUGGCCAAGUACAAUCAGCUACUGCGUAUUGAGGAGGAAAUUGGGAGUGUACGUUAUGCCGGUGAAGCUUUCAGAUCACCAUGAGGAGGUGAAUGGAAAUGCAAGAUCAUUGUUUCCUUUGGUAAAGGUAUUCACGUCCAACAUGAUGUGGGUACAAUGCAUGUGUUUGACUAUUAGAGUAUCAGGUUAGAUGCCAUUUGAACAGUAGCUUUUGCCGAGUUAUGGACAUAAGAGGCACGUGUUUGGUUUUACGAAGUGAAAUAAAUCAUUAGCUAAUAAACGAAAUUUUGGGGGUUUGUCAUUUCUGCCUUAGAGGCGAAACUGGUCAGAUUUAUUCCAUCGAGUUCUAGAUCAAAAGCAGUACUAAUUGUACUUUGUGGUUCCCAUGUAAUUUAAGUGUGUUUUUAUGAAAUGUUCAGUAUUGAAAUUGACCA